GAGGAAGUUCAUAAGCCAAUCGCUGCUCGCUCUUCCGGUUGUCACCGGAAAACAUGGCGGCGCUCAUGACAGGAGCUGUGAGACAGCUGGGUCUGCUGGAGAGCGGCUGGCUCCUGCCUGCAGUCUGGCAGAUGUAUACGCAAACAUGGCGCCAUCACCAUCACCUUGCAGGCUCCUCUCUGAGCUACGUCCCCCGUAGGGCAGUUCUCUACUGCCCUGGCAAUGAUGAGCGAAAAUUGAAGAAACUGGCCACGCUGGAUGUCGACUGUGCCGUAUUGGACUGUGAGGAUGGUGUGGCUCUCACCAAAAAGGCAGAGGCCAGGGAAACCAUAUCCCGGGUUUUACCGGAGUUGAACCUCGGCCGGACGGAGAAGUGCGUGAGGGUAAACUCGGUUUCCAGUGGCCUAGCUGAAGCGGAUCUACAGGUUAUUCUGCAGGGAAGAGUUCUCCCUCCUGCCGUCAUGUUACCUAAGGUGGAGGACACUCAGGAGGUCCAGUGGUUUGUCGACAGGUUUCUGCACAACUUGAAAGGACGGGAGCUGACGGAGCCAAUCCGCCUGGUCACCUUUGUGGAAACCGCUGUGGGCCUGCUCAAUUUAAGGGCUGUAUGCGAGGAAUUUCGCCGGCUUGCCCCCAAGGCUGGACUUCAUCAUGAUGGUGUGGUGUUUGGCUCAGACGACUUCUGUGCCAGCAUCGGUGCCACACGGACAAAAGAUGCCAGAGAGCUCCUGUACGCCAGACAGAAGGUGGUUGUGACAACCAAAGCAUUCGGGCUGCAGGCCAUCGACCUGGUUUACAUCGACUACAAAGACGUGGAGGGACUGAGACAACAGGCCAGAGAAGGAGCUCUCAUGGGCUUCACAGGUAAGCAGGUGAUCCACCCGGGACAGGUCCAGGCUGUGCAGGAAGAAUUUUCUCCGAGUCAGGAGAGGGUCCAGUGGGCCCGAGAGCUCAUCGCUGCUUUUGAACAACAUCAGAAGGAGGGAAAGGGGGCAUUCACCUUCCGCGGCAGCAUGAUUGACAUGCCCUCGCUGAAGCAGGCUCAGAACGUUGUAGCGCUGAGCGCCGCCGUGCAGAAAAACCCCGACGUGUGAGCGGAGAAAGGAGGGAACCACAGGGAUGAAGACGCUUCCAGAAACGGCUUAAGCCUCACCACAACAUACAAAUACAGCCGUCCCAGGUCAUUUCUGAACACUUGGUUUCUAUUGUUUAAAUUGAUUAAGAAAACAUGUUACAAUUUUAAAGAAGAACUUGACUUUCCCCUCUGGAGACCUGAUCAUGUGCUGCGGCACCGUAUCUAUCCCCUCCAGCCCGGCGCUUUCACCGUCUGCCUCUCUCUGAGUUAUGAUGAAUGCUCUUCCCUCAACAGGCCACGCUGAGGGCAGAAGGGUAAACAAACAAAUCAAGCCGUUGUUCAGAGUCUAUUCACCGCGUCCCAGCCGUGCAGUCAGACCUCAGCCCCCCCUGCUCACUCACAAACUUCACAAAAGAAGAUGUAAACUCACAGUUCAGCUUUCCUCACCUCCAUCACCGCAAAUUAGUGUAACUUUCUCUGAUUUGAUAGCUAAACAUAAAAUAACAGUUCUUUAAAGGAGAAAAAAAGUGCAGUUAUGUCCACGUCUGACUUGACGGAAAAGUGGGUGUGAUGUUGGAAUGAGUCAGAUUAGUGGCCAUGUUGCGGCUGCAGACCAGGACCGGGCCUUUGUCUCUGUGACUGCGGAUGGGAGGAUAAUUGAGGGGGUGUUGAAUGGUUAAUAGUGCCAUUGGUGACCAUGGUAAUGAAAGGCGCCAUACCUCCUCUACCCCACCUCAUCCACUCGUCCUUCCCUGUGUCUCUCCUACUGUAUGAUCUAUUGUGUCUGGGGCAGAGCGGGGGUCUGUGCCAGGCCAGACAAAAAAUAUGGAAGCCCGUCCAGCCGGAGACCCGGACAGUAAGCUGUCUCUUUGGCUUUGGGCCAUGUCUUUAUCCUCUUUAAUGCAUUUUCAGUCGCAUUUUGACAUUUGUUGGUGGAAAAAACAGACAAUUAUUUGUGACUUUUGCUUUCUGAAAUAAAAGAAAGCGUUCUUUUUUGAAGCGUUCAUCUUUUUAUUAUUAACUUGAUAGAAUUUAGCCAAAGUACUUGUUGAUUUUGAGUGUUUUGUACUGCUUGAACUGUGAAUUUUAUUAAAAUUUCAGCCUUUUUUGCUGUAACUUUAUAAACUAUUACAUUUCUGUAAAUAAUCAAUAAAAAUAUUACUAAGAUUAUGAUAUUUUCA